CAAUCAAAGUUGCGUGCGGGCUGCCACCAGUCGCAAACUUUUAGUUUCAGAAAGUUUUCUGUGAAAGUUAUUGCGGUCGUGAUUCGACGGUAGGGUCGAUGUCAAGUUGAAAACUUUCGGCGUGAUUUAGUGGAGUUUCUCGCCCCGUUGUUUAAUUUUAAAAGUUGUACAUUUUGCUGGGAGUUUACGGAUGGAUUCCAGUCAGCAGCAGACGCCGGCGCUACCUCCAGCCGGGCACCAGGUCGUACAUGUCCGCGGUGACUCGGAGACCGACCUGGAGGCGCUCUUCAACGCCGUCAUGAACCCCAAGAACUCCAACGUGCCGCAGUCGGUACCAAUGCGGCUUCGCAAACUGCCUGACUCUUUCUUCAAGCAGCCUGAACCCAAGAGCCACUCCCGACAGGCGAGCACGGACGGGGGGAAUGCACCGCCGCUCCAGGCACAGCAUGUUCGGGCGCACUCCUCUCCCGCCUCGCUGCUCAGCUCCGCAGCCGCCGCCUCCAGCCCUACCCCCACCGGCUCGGCCGGAGCACCGGUCUCCCAGGCACAGGUUGGCGGAAUCGGUUCAGCUCCUGGUGCCGACUCGAGCUCUCACCUCCGGCAGUCGUCUUAUGAGUUUUCCGAUGAUGUGCCUCUGCCGCCUGGCUGGGAAAUGGCCAAAACCCCCUCAGGACAGCGAUAUUAUCUGAAUCACAUUGAACAGACAACAACGUGGCAGGACCCAAGGAAAUCAAUGCCAGUGUUAAAUUCAGCUACUUCGGCAAGUCCAGUGUCCAUACAGCAGAAUGUGAUGAAUACCACAGCCUCAGGCCCACUUCCCGAAGGCUGGGAACAAGGCAUGACCCCAGAUGGGGAGAUUUACUACAUAAACCACAAAAACAAGACCACAUCUUGGUUGGACCCAAGGCUUGAUCCUCGCUACGCAAUGGACCAACAGAGAAUGACGCAGAGUGCUCCUGUCAAAACACCACAAUCCAUGGGUCCUCACAGUCCUCAUAGCCCACAAGGAGGAGCAAUAUCGGGUUCCAACAAACAGCAACAGAUGAGACUGCAGCAACUCCAGUUUGAGAAAGAAAGGCUUCGACUGAAACACCAAGAGCUCCUACGACAGGAAAUGGCCUUGCGUAGUCAGCUGCCAACUAUGGAACAGGAUGGUAGUCCUCAAAAUCCAGUUUCUUCAUCUGCAAUGCCACAGGACGCAAGGACAAUGACAACCAACAGUUCAGAUCCGUUCCUUAAUAGUGGAACGUACCAUUCCAGGGAGGAGAGCACCGACAGCGGACUCGGAAUGAGCAGUUACAGUGUACCCAGAACACCUGAUGAUUUUCUUAACAGUGUUGAGGAAAUGGAUAUAGGUCUGUUUGGUGAAAAUCUUGGCCCAAAUAAUAUAAGUUCUCAACAGAAUCGUUUUCCAGACUGCUUGGAAACUAUUCCAGGAACUAAUGUGGACCUCGGAACACUGGAGGAAGAUAGCAUGAAUGUGGAAGGAGAGGAGUUGAUGCCAAGCCUGCAAGAGGCGUUGAGUUCCGACUUUCUUAAUGACAUGGAGUCUGUCCUUGCUGCCACAAAGAUAGAUAAAGAAAGCUUUCUGACAUGGCUAUAGGACUCUUAAUCCUAUGGACUUUACCUUAUUCUGUGAAGGAUGAGAAAACUUGAGACAUUUUUAUAACUUGAUUGGGACUUCAGUGAGUUCUGUGUCUUCUCCUGAUGCAAGAUUGGAUAAACUCCGAAUAUUUGGAACAGAUUCUGCUGUUUAGUAUUUCACACAUUUGGAAAUAGUGAUUAGCAAAUACUAUACACCUUUUUAAAAAAAAUUCCUUUACCUUGAAGAGCUGGUAUCUAUGUCCCUGUUGAUUUUAAUUCUGAUCCAAUUUAUAGCCAUGGACAAUAGCUGUAUAAUUUUUGUUUGGUUCCUUAGAUUUGCAGCAAUGAUCAUUUUUUUGCUUUUGAAAGUAUUUUUCAGACCAAACAAAAUUUGGUAAAUUUUUAGUGUUUCAAUCAAAUAACAUGGUCUUUUAACUUGAGCUGCUUCUGUAUGAUCUGAGUAAUUCAUCAGCUACUAAACAAUCAACAGAGAAUCUGGCGCCAGCUAAGUGCUAUUGCCUAGCUUCUUCAAAGUUUUGUCAUAUCUUGCAUCCAGAUAUGCUGCCUACAUGGAUAUUUGAAGAUGGUGUCUUCCAUUUCAGUAUAUACACCAUAAUAUUGUAUUUGCUUUUGUCUUUGAGCUAUUAAGCAGCUUCAAGCAGCUGUGUAAUUAAUUCUGGGAGUUGGGAGAUUAUGAAGUGAACUCUCAACUGUUUAAUUUGGUCUUAUUUAAAUAUGAGAGAAUUGUCAGUCAUUUUAAGUUACUUGUACACAAUUUUACAGUAUACAUUUUCAGUAAUGUCAAAGUUAUUUCUGUUAAUGUUUGAAAGUAGGCAUUUUCCUUCUGCAGUCGAUGAACAAAGGGUUAUUUCUUACACCAAAAGAUUUGGGGCAUGACCAGUAUAAAGAAAUGCAGUUUAUAGAGAUACUUAAAGGAAAAUGCCUUUGAACUUGUUUUGUAGCUUGUAGAAUGACUAAAUAGCUAUUUGUUAUGUGUUAGAUGGUUAGCAGAGCAAAUAGUAUGAAGAGUCGUAUAUACAGUAGUGAAUAAUUAGGAAAGUUAAUGGUUAUGUAUGUGUAUAAUAGAUUUAAGAACUGUGACAUAUCAGCAGAAGCUUUGUGAUCAAAUGGGUCUCCAAAGAGUGUUUCCUUUAAUACUGAAUUCAUAAGCCUUUCUUCUACGAAGUUAAUUUCCCAGUUAAAUAUUAAACACCACCUCUUGAAAACUGUGUAGAAGAUGAAACUCUCCCCAUGGUGCGGCAUGUUUUGAAUCUGUAGUACUGAUUUUCUGUGGUCCAGUACCAGGCAGCUCCCAACGGGGCCAGACUAAACAGUUUCAACAUGUAUUCAGUUUUGUUUUUAAACUUGUAAAAACGACAUGGCUUUUGAUUUUGAACAUGUAGGCAUUGAGAGAGAAUCCAGGAAAUCAUUUAAAGGUUCAGUGUUGCUCAUUAAUCCAGUUUUCCAAAUAUCCUGAGUGAGUGCUAAUUUCAGAUCCUCUAAGGUCUUUAAAGUAUUAUCCGUAUCUGACACUGCUUCAUUGUACAUAAAUCCCUAAAAGUAAUUGGCCUGAAAAAUUAUUCCUUGUUAAUAGCAAUAAAUCAGUAUGCAGCAUUGUCACGUCAGCAUAUUGUACUUUGCGCCAAAGAUCGCAAAUGUUAAAAUUCCAGGCACUUCGUACUUUUACAGUGAAUUUCUAGCAAAUUAUAUUUGGGCAUGGUUUUAAGUUUUUUUUGUAUAGAAAGUCUAUUGUAAGUGCUACAUUCCAAGGCCCUUUGAGUGCCACCUUUUCUUUACUGCCUAAGCUUCCAUUUGCAAAGUAGCAUUUUUAUAAUCUGUAUACUGGUUAACAUUGAUUUUAUAGAGAUUUUAUAAAUUGGGAACAAAUAUAUUCAAACAUGUGCCUAUUAUAACUUGUGCUCUGGGAUGAGCAGCAGAAUUCUAUUCAUCCACCUUUUAGUUUUAGAAUAAAUUUCACACUCAGAAGUGUGAUGAAUUAGUACUAAUUUGAGCAGCCAUAUUGGAUCCUAAAUUGUCUUUCUUUUAAAAACCAAGUCCUGAAUAAGUUCACAAUUCUCCCUCUUUUGGAAGUGAGGAGAUUUUGAUGUGUGUCAUUGUGUAUAUUUGAUGAACUUGAUUAACGUUUGCAAAGCAAGUGAUUGAAGAACAAGUGAUUGCUUUGCAUGAUCAUGUACAUAUAGUUAAACUGGUGAGAGAAUUUGUAUUUUUUUUAAAUUUCUAGGGGUUGCUUUAACUUGUAGGAGAUGAAAGUCAAUCAGUGUUGGAACUAAAGCAAUGCAACAAAAUUUUAGAUUUGCAAAAUAUUCCAAAUACUCCUGAGUAAGUGUUUUGCACAUGCAUAAUGAAAUAUUUUGAACAAGGCCUAAAUAUCUUUAAAUAGUGAUGUGUAUGCUUGGCAUACAUAAAACAUUGGCAUUUCUGUCUUCUGAUAGUAAUUAAAUGUAUGUUUAAAAAAGGAAGAAAAGAAUUAUAUCCAGAGUACUGAUAAAUGCACCCACUUCAAUUUAUAUUCUGAAAUGUUGAUUCCGCCCCCCCCCCGAUGUACCAGCAUGCCAGUAUAUAGAGACAUUAGAGACAUACUGCAUUUAAUUCUGUAUGUAAUACUUUUCAAUAGUUCAUAAUGAUUCAUGUGGUAUAAAAUAUAUUAUUUGCGGAAAGAUUUGCUUGUCCCUUGCAUUUUUCUUUGGACUUAGCAUUGCCCCUCCCAAAAAAAAACUUGCUCAUUUUUAUAGAAAGCAAACAUAAUG